AUGGCUGCUCAUCGAGUGGCGCACCUCUCUGCUCCCGCCGCGCGUGCUACGCUCACCCGUCAACGACACGCACCCCUCCUUCCAAGGCUUCCCGAAGCGCGGUCGCCGGUCUGUAGUGCGAGGCUAGACUACGUCACGAGCAGAGCCACCAGAUUUAGCUUCGCACCUAUCACAGAUGCCACCGUGUUCAACGGCGUCGCAAGCAGCCUCGCAUCUUCCCGGCCAGCUUUAAUAGUUUCUCGCCGAUGGCGCGUUUCCGCGAGCUCGCGGAGUGAUGGAGCGAGCGAAGGCGGUCAGGGGAAGAACGAUCGGAGUGGCAACGGUAGCGAGAAGAAGGAGGGGAACGGGAAUGGCGGGGCAGCGGGAGACGCGGAGAUGCAGCAGCUGUUGGCGGACAUGAUGCAGCUGCAAUCCGAUAAGGUACGCGUGGAGUCCUUUGUGGAGGAGAGGACGCAGCUGCUGACGGGGAUUGCUGAGUCAGCAUCAGCAGAGUAUGCGAGGAUUGCCGAAGAGGCGAAGCGGGGCAUGGAAGAGGCAAGCAGCAAGGUGCUGCAGCAGGUGGAUGCAGAGGCAGACGAGUUUGAGCAGCAGCUGGCAGCAGCGCGGGCAGACAUGGAGCGCAGCGAGCGCGAGUUUGACGAGUUUGAAAAGUCCGUGGAGGAGAGGCGCAACUCGCUGCUCUUCUUCAAGCAGCUCUACCGCCGACCCUCCGAGUCCUCGCCUCCUGCUGCUGCCGCUGGUUCACGCGGCUCAGAACCUGCAAGCCGAGGCACGAGGGGAUUUGAUUCGUCGGAUGACUCCUCGUCAUCUUCACCAUCGCUGCAGCCCCGCACUCAAACACCCCCUUCGGCUUCGUCCUCGCGAUCUGUGCAAUCGCUGCCCUCGUCCAAUGCGGCGCUCUCUCGCAAGGAGCAAGCACUGAAGGCAGUACCAGAGCUGUUCUCAGCGAAUCAAAGGGCGGCUGCAUCGCCGUUUCGUCGCAAGGUGUAUGCUGCCCUUGUGGCUAUAUCAGGGCUCUCUCUAGUGCAGGCGGUCACGCAUGAACCCAAGGAGUGGCUGCAGGUGGCUGCUAGUGGGCUUGUGUUCUCCGCGCUGCUGGUGCAAGCACUGUAUGAACGAUCGCUUGCAGGAAAUGGUAAAGUUGAUGAGAGAGAUACUGGUCGCAACAAGUAG